GGGCAGGUGGGGCCUGCGCUGGGCCGGCCCCGGCGUAGGAAGGGCGGGGAAGGCGUCUGGGCGCCGCGGUCGCGUGACGCGUUUUCAAAUCUUUAACCGCCGCCUCUCCCACGUCGGAGCUACAGCCCCUUCCUGCUCCGAGGCUCCGCGCCGGAACCGGCCCUGAAAGUCGGCCAGCGUUCGCGGCCCCGCGUCGAGGCGCCCAGGCCAGGGCCGCCGGGCCCUUGGAGCUUUGUGCUCGCGGCCGUCCCCUGCGGCCCCCGGUGCGGACCCAGCAUGUAGGUGCCUGGUGGCUGCCAUGAGCCUGGAGACCAUGAGGAUCCACAGCAAAGCACCUCUCCCGGGUGGCAUCCAAGACAAAAAUGAAAAGAAUAGACCAUCCUUGAAAUCCCUGAAAGCUGAUAAUAGACUGGAAAAAUCCAAAUAUAAGCCGCUUUGGGGGAAAAUAUUUUACCUUGACUUGCCUUCUAUCACCAUAUGUGAGAAACUACAAAAAGAUAUAAAGGAACUUGGAGGGCGAGUUGAAGAAUUUCUCAGCAAAGAUAUCAGUUAUCUUGUUUCAAAUAAAAAGGAAGCAAAGUAUGCACAGACCUUGGGUCGAGUUUCUCCUGUACCAAGUCCAGAAUCUGCAUAUACUGCAGAAACCACCUCUCCUCAUCCCAGCCAUGAUGGAAGUUCCUUCAAGUCUCAAGACAGAGUGUGUUUGAGCCGAGGAAAGUUGUUAGCUGAAAAAGCUGUCAAGGAUCAUGAUUUUAUUCCCACUAAUAGUAUAUUAUCAAAUGCCUUAUCAUGGGGAGUAAAGAUUCUUCAUAUUGAUGACAUUCGAUACUACAUUGAACAGAAGAAAAAAGCAUUGACUGCACUCAAGAAAUCAAAUGCUUCUGGGAGGGAUGCGGGUAAAAAAGCUGGUUCUGGAAUACAAAAGACAAGAACAGGGAGACUCAAGAAGCCUUUUUUAAAGGUUGAAGAUGUGAACCGGUCUUACAGACCAUUUUACCUUCAGCUCCCCAGCAUGCCUUGCAUAAACUACUUUCUUCAGAAGCCCUGCAGUCCGUUUGAAAUAGAGAAGUCAUCCAGCAUCCAGAAACAAGCUCAGCCUAAACUCAGAAUUAAUACGGAUGGCGAUAAAUGUGGAACCCCAGUUCAACUCCAGUUGAAGGAAAAGAGAAAAAAAGGAUAUUGUGAAUGUUGCUUACAGAAAUAUGAAGAUCUCGAAACUCACCUUCUGAGUGAGAAACACAGGAACUUUGCACAGAGUAACCAGUAUCAAGUUGUUGACGAUAUUGUAUCUAAGUUAGUUUUUGAUUUUGUGGAAUAUGAAAGAGAUACUCCUAAAAAGAAAAGAAUAAAAUACAGUGUUGGAUCCCUUUCUUCUGUUUCUGCAAAUAUCCUGAAAAACACUGAACCAAAGGAGAAGCUACUAUUGGAGCCCAAUUUCCAGAAGGACGUAGAAGAAAGCAAUGGGCAGCUGCUUGAGCAGAAUUCUCAGUAUGAAGAAACCCAGAAACCUGAAGAAAAGCUUGUGUUUGCUUCAGAGCCCACAACCUAUUCUUCAACUGGAUUGAAAGGAUGUGAUGGGAAACCAGUGAGCAUGUUAAAGGCAAGUGAGCCUGACCUAAAGCAAGAUUGUGCACAGCUACCUCUGCAAGACAACACUCUGGAAGGCAUUCAUGAUGGUUCUGAACACAAGGUAACUGUAGAUAGAAAUGAUGGAGAACAGAGAGUAGGUACCACUCCAGGUGUGCCACAGUCAUGUGGACAAAUUUCUCAUCUCAGUACAGAAAGUAAUCUACCCCAACCAAAAUUAACUGCAGAUAUUAUACCGUUUUCAGCAAAAGAUCUGCAAGAUAAGGACCUUCAUGUUGUGAUAGGUCAUGAUUCUGACCCCGUGGUGGCAUUAAAUACAUCAAAAGAGCACCUAACAAUGAAGGCGAGAACUUCACCCUGUAGUCCUCAGGAGCCUCAUGAGUGUGACACUGAGAAUAUGGAGAAUUUGCCUUGUGGUAAGAUCCAGCGGAAAGUGAGAAUGUUAGGGCAAAAGAAAGCAAAUGUGGAACCAGGUGCUGAACUGGAUAAAAAGAGAACUGAGUAUCUUCCUGCACAUGAAGACAGAACUUGUGGGUCACCAGUACAGUCUCUAUUGGACCUUUUUCAGACAAGUGGGGAGAAAUCAGAAUUUUUAGGUUUUACAAGCUACACUGAAAACAGUGGAAUAUGUGAUGUUUUAGAUAUUUGGGAGGAAGAAAAUUCAAGUAGCCUGCUGUCAACAUUUUUUUCUUCCCCUUCAACUUCUGCAUUUGUUGGAUUUUAGUAUUUAAUGUGCUUUUCAGAAGUGACAACUAUAUUCCUGAAAUUUUAUAAAUAUAUAUAUAACUAGGAGUUGUUGGGGAUUGUUUUGUUUUUGCCAACUUUGUUUUAUGGAACCGUCUGUAAAUAUAUUAAUUAAGAUGAUGUUUGUAAUUUUUUAUAGGAUUGAGUAGCUGUUACAAAUUAUACAAUAAAAACUUGUCUUAUUUUAUAUUCCUGA